ACUACGCCAUCGAACAGUAAUAUUAGAGAUGAGGAUGUUGAGCGUGAGCCAGAAGUGGUCGUGCAAGUGGCAGGUGUAGGUGGUGUUGUGGCGACGAAUAAAAUUGAAGGAGCUUCUGGAACUGCAGGGACAACUACUUCAAAUAAAGCCGGGACCACUACUAGUUCUUCAUCGCGUGCGGAGGACACGUUGGACCAACUUGCGAAUAUCCGGGACAACGUGGCAGUGAAGAUAAACACAGACGAUUUUUAUGGAGAUCAGAAGAAACUCUGCAACAGCACUCCGAGGAACAAGAUGACAAAAAAUACUACCAAUAAAGAGGAAAUAACCGAACAGCAGCAUGAUGGUACAACCCCCAAACGCGAGUACAUUCUCCUCACUGCCGUGGAGGAAACCACCCAAACCAAAUACGAAGACCCGCAAACCCCCGAGCAAAAAGAGGAAAACGCCCGUCGGCGCAUCUUCGUGCGCGCGGUGGGUCUCGAACAGUUCACCGGCAAGCGGCUGGCGAAAGGUGCGAGAGGUGGAGAGAUGUUCGACGUGAUCGCUUUCGUCGGCGACUACAUCGCGCGGUAUGACUGCGCAUCUCACCGGUUGUCGGAUCCGACGUGUCGCACACCGUUGGAAGACGCGCUACUCCGGCCGGGCAAGCAGCCGCGGGGGACUUUGCGAAAAAUCCCAAAUGCGGACGCUCUGUUAGCGUGUCAGGGCGAGCUCCCGAUCAAUGCGUCGCAAACGGAGGCGGUGAACUCGUUUACGAAAAGGAUAUCCGUCAUCGAGGGGCCGCCGGGAACCGGGAAGAGCACGACGAUCUACCACAUUUUGCGGGCCUACGUCAUGCAGCAGGAGGGAAAUUGUAUUUCUUCGUCUAAGGAGCGUGAUGUUUACGGUAUGGAACAUCUCUUAUCCGGCUCUUCCCUCUGUGCGACCGGCGGCAGAAGCAGAGCAACUUCCGUGACACAGCAGUUCACCAAGGCAAUACAGGCUGUGUUGAAUGCAUCGCCUUCGAGAAGCUGCGGGCACUUGCAGAAGCCGGGAACAAGUACCAGAAGUGCGUUUGGCAGUACCGAUUCAAUGAUGGCAAAUAGUUCUUGUGUAAGAAAUAAACCUACUACAUCUUCUCUACCGUCUUUGUCCGCCGCGAGGGAGGAGGUUCAGGUUGCGCAAGAAAAUAAAUCUGUCCGUCCUCCCCGGGAGCGGUUCCAAAAAGCCGAGAAGGCGGCAUUGGUGACUUGUGUGACGAACCAGGCGGUUAACGCGGUGAUGGAAAAACUCGGACCACUGGACCAACACGGGGUCAAGUCCCUCGUCCUCGGGAAUCCGAGCAAGAUCGGAGCCGCCGCGGCGGCGUUCACGCUGGAAGAGAAGGCGAGAAACGAUGUGUGGUGCCUGUUUAUGAAAAAAGCCUCAACUCUCUUCAAUAAGAUGCGCAACGCGGUGGACAGCGC